AUGGCGGCCCCUCCGGGCCCAGCUCUUCCUGGUCCUCCUAGCUGCGUCGACAGGCCCAACUCCUGCCUCCCAAGCAAAGCAAACAACCUCUCUGGGCUCAGCUCCUGCCCGGCUCCCGCCAGCCUUUGCCCUGAACGUGCUCCAGUCGGCCUCUCCCGGCUCAGCUCUUCCUCUCGGCGGCCUCUGCAGGCCCAAGUUGUCCUCCAGUGGGCCUCUCCAGGGCCAGCUCCUGCCUCCCGCCGGCCUCUGCGGGCCCAAGUCGUCCUCCAGUCGGCCUCCCCCGGCCCAGCUCUUGCCUCUCGGCGGCCUCUCCAGACAGGCCCAGGCUCUGCCUCACAGCGGAGUCUCCACGCCCCGCUCUUGGCCUCCCUGCGGCCCACCCCACUCCGACGUGCCUGCCUUCCUGCGGCUUCGACAGGCCCAGCUCCUGCCUCCCGACGGCCUCAUUCGGCCCAGCUGGCUCCUCAUGAUGGCCUUCCCGGGCCCGGUUUGUCCCCUUUGGCAGCCUCUCCAGGCCCAGCACCUCCUCAAGUCGGCCUCUCCAGACCCAGCUGCAGCCUCCCGGCGUCCUCUCCACGCCCAGCUCUUCCUCCCGGCUGCGUCCACGGGCCCAGCUCCUGCCUCACAGCAACCGCUUUGGACUCAGCUCCUGCCCAGCUCCUGGCGGCCUCUGUCGGCCCAAAACUUCCUCAAGCCACGCUCUCCAGGCCCAGCUCAGGCCUCGACGGUGGCCUUUCCGGGCUCAGCUCCUCGCCCUCCGACGGCGUCUCCGGGCCCCCAGACUUCCUCCAGUGGGCUCCUCUCGGCCCAGCUUGGGCCUCCCGGCGGCCCCUGCGGGCCCAACUCGUCGUGAAGCCGGCCUCCCCGGGCCCAGGUCCGGCCUCCCGGCGGCCUCUCCGGGCGCAGCACGUCCUCGAGUGGGCCCCUCCAGGGCCAGCUCCUGCCUCCCGUCGGCCUCUAGAGGCCCAGCCUCUGCCUCCCUCAUGGCGGCCCCUCCGGGCCCAGCUCUUCCUGGUCCUCCUGGCUGCGUCGACAGGCCCAACUCCUGCCUCCCAAGCAAAGCAAGCAACCUCUCUGGGCUCAGCUCCUGCCCGGCUCCCGCCAGCCUUUGUGGGCCCAGCCCUUUCUCCAGCCGAAGCUCCGCAGGCCCGCCUUCUGCCUCCCGGUGGCCUGCGCAGACGCAGCCCUGGCUGGAGAACAGCCCCUGCAGGCCCCGCUCCUGCCUCCCAGGGGCCUCUCCGGGCCCGGCUCUCGCCUGGCCUCACGGCGGCUUCCCGGGGCCAGGUUCCUGCCUGCCUCCCGGCAGCGUCGACAGGCCCAGCUCCUCCCUGACGGUGGCCUGUUUCGGCCCGACUCAUGCCUCUGGCAACCCGCCCAGCGGUGUGAGCUCCUGCCUCACACUGGCCUGUGCGGGCCGAGGUCCUCCCUCACGCUGGGCCGUGGAGGCCCGGCUCGUGCCUGUCGUGGCCUCCAAAGGCCCAGCCCCUGCCUGUUGGCGGCCUCUCCCGGCCCAGCCUCGACCUCGCAGUGAGCCCUCCAGGCCCACCUCUUGCCUCGCCGUGGCCUCCUCGGGCCAGGCUCCUGCCCUUCGGCGGCCUCUGCAGGCCCAGCUCCUGCCUCCCAGUGGCCUGCGUAGGCCAAGCUCUUGCCACCACGGCGGCCUUUCCAGGCCUGGCGUUUGCUCCUUUGCAUCCUCGCCAGGCCCUGAACGUGCUCCAGUCGGCCUCUCCCGGCCCAGCUCUUCCUCCCGGCGGCCUCUGCAGGCCCAGGUUGUCCUCCAGUGGGCCUCUCCAGGGCCAGCUCCUGCCUCCCGCCGGCCUCUGCGGGCCCAAGUCGUCCUCCAGUCGGCCUCCCCCAGCCCAGCUCUUGCCUCUCGGCGGUCUCUCCAGGUGCACAACUUCCUCCAGUCGGCCUCUCCAGGCCCAGCUCCUCCUGCCUCCCAGUGGCCUCUUUAGGCCCAGCCCGGCUCACGCCUCCCGGCGGCCCUCCCAGGCCCUGCGUUUGACUUUUGGUGGCCUCUUCAGGCCCAGAGCUCAACCUCAGGUCGGCCUCCCCAGGUCCAGCCUCCUGCCUCCCGAGGGCCCGUAGACAGGCCCAGGCUCUGCCUCACAGCGGAGUCUCCACGCCCCGCUCUUGGCCUCCCUGCGGCCCCCCCAAGUCCGACGUGCCUGCCUUCCGGCGACUUCGACAGGCCCAGCUCCUGCCUCCUGACGGCCUCUUUUGGCCCAGCUGGCUCCUCACGACAGCCUUCCCGGGCCCGGUUUGUCCCCUUUGGCGGCCUCUCCAGGCCCAGCACCUCCUCAAGUCGGCCUCUCCAGACCCAGCUGCAGCCUCCCGGCGUCCUCUCCAGGCCCAGCUCUUCCUCCCGGCUGCGUCCACGGGCCCGGCUCCUGCCUCACAGCAACCGCUUUGGACUCAGCUCCUGCCCAGCUCCUGGCGGCCUCUGUCGGCCGAAAACUUCUUCAAGCCACGCUCUCCCGGCCCAGCUCAGGCCUCGACGGUGGCCUCUCCGGGCUCAGCUCCUCGCCCUCCGACGGCGUCUCCGGGCCCCCAGACUUCCUCCAGUGGGCUCCUCUCGGCCCAGCUUGGGCCUCCCGGCGGCCCCUGCGGGCCCAACUCGUCGUGAAGCCGGCCUCGCCGGGCCCAGGUCCGGCCUCCCGGCGGCCUCUCCGGGCGCAGCACGUCCUCGAGUGGGCCCCUCCAGGGCCAGCUCCUGCCUCCCGUCGGCCUCUAGAGGCCCAGCCUCUGCCUCCCUCAUGGCGGCCCCUCCAGGCCCAGCUCUUCCUGGUCCUCCUGGCUGCGUCGACAGGCCCAACUCCUGCCUCCCAAGCAAAGCAAACAACCUCUCUGGGCUCAGCUCCUGCCCGGCUCCCGCCAGCCUUUGUGGGCCCAGCCCUUUCUCCAGCCGAAGCUCUGCAGGCCCGCCUUCUGCCUCCCGGUGGCCUGCGCAGAUGCAGCCCUGGCUGGAGAACAGCCCCUGCAGGCCCGGCUCCUGCCUCCCAGGGGCCUCUCCGGGCCCCGCUCUCGCCUGGCCUCACGGCGGCUUCCCGGGGCCAGGUUCCUGCCUGCCUCGCGGCAGCCUCGACCUCGCAGUGGGCCCUCCAGGCCCACCUCUUGCCUCGCCGUGGCCUCCUCGGGCCAGGCUCCUGCCCUUCGGCGGCCUCUGCAGGCCCAGCUCCUGCCUCCCAGUGGCCUGCGUAGGCCAAGCUCCUGUCUCCACGGCGGCCUUUCCAGGCCUGGCGUUUGCUCCUUUGCAUCCUCGCCAGGCCCUGAACGUGCUCCAGUCGGCCUCUCCCGGCCCAGCUCUUCCUCUCGGCGGCCUCUGCAGGCCCAAGUUGUCCUCCAGUGGGCCUCUCCAGGGCCAGCUCCUGCCUCCCGCCGGCCUCUGCGGGCCCAAGUCGUCCUCCAGUCGGCCUCCCCCGGCCCAGCUCUUGCCUCUCGGCGGCCUCUCCAGGUGCACAACUUCCUCCAGUCGGCCUCUCCAGGCCCAGCUCCUCCUGCCUCCCAGUGGCCUCUUUAGGCCCAGCCCGGCUCACGCCUCCCGGCGGCCCUCCCAGGCCCCGCGUUUGACUUUUGGCGGCCUCUUCAGGCCCAGAGCUCGACCUCAGGUCGCCCUCCCCAGGCCCAGUCUCCUGCCUCCCGAGGGCCCGUAGACAGGCCCAGGCUCUGCCUCACAGCGGAGUCUCCACGCCCCGCUCUUGGCCUCCCUGCGGCCCCCCCCAGUCCGACGUGCCUGCCUUCCGGCGACUUCGACAGGCCCAGCUCCUGCCUCCCGACGGCCUCUUUCGGCCCAGCUGGCUCCUCACGACGGCCUUCCCGGUCCCGUUUUGUCCCCUUUGGCGGCCUCUCCAGGCCCAGCACCUCCUCAAGUCGGCCUCUCCAGACCCAGCUGCAGCCUCCCGGCGUCCUCUCCAGGCCCAGCUCUUCCUCCCUGCUGCGUCCACAGGCCCGGCUCCUGCCUCACAGCAACCGCUUUGGACUCAGCUCCUGCCCAGCUCCUGGCGGCCUCUGUCGGCCGAAAACUUCCUGAAGCCACGCUCUCCCGGCCCAGCUCAGGCCUCGACGGUGGCCUCUCCGGGCUCAGCUCCUCGCCCUCCGACGGCGUCUCCGCCCCCCAGACUUCCUCCAGUGGGCUCCUCUCGGCCCAGCUUGGGCCUCCCGGCGGCCCCUGCGGGCCCAACUCGUCGUGAAUCCGGCCUCCCCGGGCCCAGGUCCGGCCUCCCGGCGGCCUCUCCGGGCGCAGCACGUCCUCGAGUGGGCUCCUCCAGGGCCAGCUCCUGCCUCCCGUCGGCCUCUAGAGGCCCAGCCUCUGCCUCCCUCAUGGCGGCCCCUCCGGGCCCAGCUCUUCCUGGUCCUCCUGGCUGCGUCGACAGGCCCAACUCCUGCCUCCCAAGCAAAGCAAACAACCUCUCUGGGCUCAGCUCCUGCCCGGCUCCCGCCAGCCUUUGUGGGCCCAGCCCUUUCUCCAGCCGAAGCUCUGCAGGCCCGCCUUCUGCCUCCCGGUGGCCUAUGCAGACGCAGCCCUAGCUGGAGAACAGCCCCUGCAGGCCCCGCUCCUGCCUCCCAGGGGCCUCUCCGGGCCCCGCUCUCGCCUGGCCUCACGGCGGCUUCCCGGGGCCAGGUUCCUGCCUGCCUCCCGGCAGCCUCGACAGGCCCAGCUCCUCCCUGACGGUGGCCUGUUUCGGCCCGACUCAUGCCUCUCGCAACCCGCCCAGCAGUGUGAGCUCCUGCCUCACACUGGCCUGUGCGGGCCGAGGUCCUCCCUCACGCUGGGCCGUGGAGGCCCGGCUCGUGCCUCUCGUGGCCUCCCCAGGCGCAGCCUCUGCCUGUUGGCGGCCUCUCCCGGCCCAGCCUCGACCUCGCAGUGGGCCCUCCAGGCCCACCUCUUGCCUCGCCGUGGCCUCCUCGGGCCAGGCUUCUGCCCUUCGGCGGCCUCUGCAGGCCCAGCUCCUGCCUCCCAGUGGCCUGCGUAGGCCAAGCUCCUGCCUCCACGGCGGCCUUUCCAGGCCUGGCGUUUGCUCCUUUGCAUCCUCGCCAGGCCCUGAACGUGCUCCAGUCGGCCUCUCCCGGCCCAGCUCUUCCUCCCGGCGGCCUCUGCAGGCCCACGUUGUCCUCCAGUGGGCCUCUCCAGGGCCAGCUCCUGCCUCCCGCCGGCCUCUGCGGGCCCAAGUCGUCCUCCAGUCGGCCUCCCCCGGCCCAGCUCUUGCCUCUCGGCGGCGUCUCCAGGUGCACAACUUCCGCCAGUCGGCCUCUCCAGGCCCAGUUCCUCCUGCCUCCCAGUGGCCUCUUUAGGCCCAGCCCGGCUCAUGCCUCCCGGCGGCCCUCCCAGUCCCCGCGUUUGACUUUUGGCGGCCUCUUCAGGCCCAGAGCUCGACCUCAGGUCGGCCUCCCCCGGCCCAGCCUCCUGCCUCCCGAGGGCCCGUAGGCAGGCCCAGGCUCUGCCUCACAGCGGAGUCUCCACGCCCCGCUCUUGGCCUCCCUGCGGCCCCCCGCAGUCGGACGCGCCUGCCUUCCGGCGGCUUCGACAGGCCCAGCUCAUGCCUCCCGACGGCCUCUUUCGGCCCAGCUGGCUCCUCACGACGGCCUUCCCGGGCCCGGUUUGUCCCCUUUGGCGGCCUCUCCAGGCCCAGCACCUCCUCAAGUUGGCCUCUCCAGACCCAGCUGCAGCCUCCUGGCAUCCUCUCCAGGCCCAGCUCUUCCUCCCGGCUGCGUCUACUGGCCCGUUUCUGCUCUUCGCUCUCCGACGGCAUCUCCGGGCCCCCAGACUUCCUCCAGUGGGCUGCUCACGGCCCAGCUUGGGCCUCAUGGCGGCCCCUGCGGGCCCAACCCGUCGUGAGUUCGGCCUCCGCCGGCCGAGGUCUGGCCUCCCAUCGGCCUCUCCGGGCGGAGCCCGUCCUCGAGUGGGCCCCUCCAGGGCCAGCUCCUGCCUCCUGUCAGCCUCUAGAGGCCUAGUCUCUGCCUCCCUCAUGGCGGUCCCUCUGGGCCCAGCUCUUCCUCGUCCUCCGCGCUGCGUCGACAGGCCCAACUCCUGCCUCUUGUCCUCCAUUCCUCCUGUCGGCUCUCCCAGGACCCGCGGUUGACUUUUGGCGGCCUCUUCAUGCCCAGAAGUCGAUCUCCGGUCGGCCUUUUCAUGUUGAGCCUCCUGCCUCCGAGGUUCACGUAGACUGGCGUAGGCUCUGCCUCCCAGCGCAGUCUCCACGCCCAGCUCUUCGCCUCCAUGUGGCCCCCUUAGUCCGAGACCCCUGCCUUCUGGAGGCUUCGACAUGCCCAGUUAUUGCCUUGGGAUAUGCUCUUUAGGCCCACUUCACUUCUCAGCUCAGCCUUUCUAUGCUGAGUUUUUUUCUUUUCUCUGCCUGUGUAUGCUGAGAACUUUCUGAAGUUUGCUUCUCCAAAUCCAACUGCAGCAUUGUGGCGUGCUCGUCUGGCCCAUCUCCUGUUCUCACGUGCAUCUACUUGUUCAUGUUUUCCUCACAACUACCUCUUUUAGACUCUGUUCCUAUCCGGCUCCUGGUGUCCUUUGUAUAUCAGAAGCUUUCUGAAUUCCAGCCCUCCAAUUUCACUGCCUUCCUGGUUUCAGGCUGAACAGGCCGAGAUUUUGCGUGACAAUGGCUUCUUAAGGCUGCCUCAACCAACCCAGCUCCUGCCUGACACUGGCCUCUCUAGGCCCAUCUGCUGCCUCUCGCUGUCCUCACCUGGCCCAUCUGUUUCCUCAUGUCUGCCUCCCGAGUCCCAGCUCCUGUCUCACUGUGAUCUCAUUCAUACCAGCUCCUGUCUCAUGAUGGCCUCUUCUGGCCCAUCUUUGACCUGAUAGUGAUGACUCAAAUCCAUCUUCUUCCUCAUCCCAGCCUCUUCUGGUUUUGCUCAUUCUUCGCAUUCACCUCUUCCAGAUCCAGAUUUUUAGUCUUUGAUGGUCAACAGCAUCAAGGAGCCUAAAACUUCCCCAGACUGUUUUUUGUUGGUAACUUCACAGCAGAGUGCCUUAGGAAGACACCUGUCUCUUCUUUUAACCUUGACAGUGGAUUUCUAACAAAUUUGUAAUAAAUUUUGCCUGCAUGGUUU